UCUGUGUGAGCCAACAUGUCGGCUGUGAAGUCCCGGUUUCCUGUCAAAAGUUUAGCGGUUCAGCUGUACUGGUGCGACGGGCAGGAUGUUUGAACGUAGCGCAGACACGCUGACAUAUUUGAAACAGGCCUUAGCAUGUGUAGUCUUUGUCUGGGCCGUGUUUGCUAAGUGCGAACAGGUCGACUCUGCCAGAUGUCUCAUCUGGGGUCCGGGACUUGAACGCGACGUAGUUGUACCUGUCCGCUACUUCUUCAUCCAGGCCGUCGACUUUCAAGGACAAAACCUCACUUUGUCUCCAGGAAAAGACACAUUUCAAGUCAGGAUAAGUUCACUGGGGAAGGAGGAGCACAUCCGCGUCCACGUCCCUCCGCCUCUGGACAGAGGAGAUGGAUCUUUUCUGGUGCGGUACCGCCUGUACAACACGGCCCAAACAGGACUGAAAGUGGACGUCUUCCACCGUGAUGCUGCUGUCGCUGAGUCGCCCUACGUCAUCCAAGGGCCCGUCUAUGACGAGUACUGCAAGUGUCCCGAAGCGGACGCCUCCGCCUGGCAGAGUGUCAUGCAGUGUCCCCUCGCUGAGCCUCAGAUUGUGGCCGACUUUCAGUCUUUCCCCACCAUCGACCUUCAGCUUCUCAGGGAGGAAGUGCCUCAGCGCUUUGCAAAGCGAGGAGGACUCAUUCACUAUGCAAUCAUCAACAAUCAGCUGUUCCGGCGCAGCCUGGGGAAAUACACCGACUUCAAGAUGUUCUCUGAUGAAAUGCUGCUGUCCCUGACGAGGAAGGUGAGGGUACCCGAUGUGGAGUUUUACAUCAACGUCGGCGACUGGCCUCUGGAGACCAGGGCGGCUGAUGCAAGUCCUGUUCCGGUCCUGUCCUGGUGCGGUUCUACGGACACACGAGACAUCGUCCUCCCCACCUAUGACGUCACACAUUCCACCCUGGAGACCAUGAGAGGUGUCACCAAUGACCUGCUCUCCAUUCAAGGCCAUACAGGCCCCCCAUGGGAAAACAAAACGGAUCAGGCCUUUUUCCGUGGCCGUGAUAGCAGAGAGGAGCGUCUCCAGUUGGUGUCUUUGUCCAAGAAACAUCCCAAGCUCGUGGAUGCAGGAAUCACCGGCUGGUUCUUUUUCCGAGACCAAGAGAAAGAUGUUGGCAAAGCUGCGCUUGUGGGAUUCUUUGACUUCUUUAAGUACAAGUACCAGGUCAACAUGGACGGUACUGUGGCAGCGUAUCGUUUUCCAUACCUCAUGCUUGGCAACAGCCUGGUUCUGAAGCAGGACUCUCACUACUAUGAACAUUUCUACCGCCGUCUCCAAGCCGGCACCCACUACAUCCCUUUCCGGAGGAACCUGUCUGACCUGCUGGAAAAAAUCCAGUGGGCCAAAGAGAACCAGUCCGAGGCCCGGAAGAUCACCAACGCGGGUCAGGCUGCAGCCCGCCAGCUGCUGGAGCCCAGCAAGCUGUACUGUUACUACUACCAAGUACUGCUCAUGUACGCCCAGCGCCAAGCAGGGCAGCCACGCCGCCACACUGACAUGGAGGCGGUGCUUCAGACGGAUCAGCACACAACUGAGUGCACGUGUCAACGUGAAAAAAGCACGGGGAAAGAUGAGCUAUGACCAAGCUUCAUCGGUCUUCAAUAUUAAUCAGUCUUGCAUCAAUAUUAACAUAGUAACAUAGUAUAAACAUAGUAACCCGUCCUUCAUCAGUAUUCAUCAUAAACAUAGUUCAGUAUUAAUCAUAUAAUAUUAAUAAUAAAAAAUAGUAAGCAGUCUUCCGUCAAUAUUAAUAAUAAAAAGAGUAAUUUUUCUAUCAAUAUUAAUAAUAUAACAGUAACUAGUCUUUUGUCAAUAAAAAUAGCAACUGGUCUUCAGUUAAUAUGAAUAAAAAUAGGAACGAGUCUUCAAUCUGUAUUAAUAAUAAAAUUAGUAAAAAGUAUUCUGUCAACAGAAAUAAUAAAAAUAGAAACCAGUCUUCUGUCAAUAUUAAUAAUCAAAAUAACUAGAAAUGUGCAUUUUCAGAAGAAAUUGCGUGUGAAUGCUGGCAAAUGUGUGAAUGGUGAAGCCGAACCGCAACGCUGCACUCGCUGUCGAAUCCUGCAGCCAAACUCUGACUAGCUGGUACUGGACUGAAAUGCUGUUUCUAGCAUGCUAACUGUUAGCAUGGACAACACUGUAUGUACUGUAUGUAAGUUCAUCCAUCUUCUAUGCCGCUUAUCCUCACAAGGGUCUCGGGUAUGCUGGAGGCUAUCCCAGCUGACUUUGGGCAAGAGGCGGGGUACACUUGGACUGCUUGAUGUAAGUUCAUAUUUCUGAAAAUAUAUGAACAUGCAAGCAAUGCGAACACACCUACUAUUAUUAGCUUGUUAGCACCCAGCACAGUUAGUUGAACACACAACAAAUGGCGGGGAUCACAACACAACACUAUCACAAAACGCUAACAGUUAUUUCAUGAAUUCAGUGGGGUUGCUCACCUCCUUAUAUCAAAAUGCUGGCACUUGAAACAUUCUUUGGCUCCAUUUUGGGUUAAUAUGGGUUAUGUUAUUAUAUUUGGUGAGAAACACGAAUGAAUUCAAGAAAUGACUCAUGGCAGAACAGAAAGGUGGUGUCCGUGUGGUGUCCCGCUGCCACAUCGUGUCUUUGGGAACACUCAUCAAGAUUCACGCCUUCAAUCAAGGUAAAAGUAACCUUCAAUGUCUCUCUCCAACCCUUUCAUUCAUCAUUUAUAUGCAUUUAGAAUUGUAAUCUAUAAAAAUGUGUUUUGUGUUAA